GCCAUGUCAGGGUGCCGCUCUCUUUUCUGCCGCGGGUCAUUUUUAGACUUUGACGUGGACCUGUUAAAAUGAGCGCUCGCAACGUAAGAAGGUGUGGCGUCCACUCCAGACGCUCCAUUUCUGUCAUGUAGAAAAGACAUUUAAAGGACUAUAAUCGUUACAAUGCUGGCUCACCUGGAGCUCCAUCGUGUAACUUCCUCACAGGUGACAUGAGCGGCGUUGAAGGGUGCGCGUCUACUCUGGCAACGUCUCAGCCACAGGAGCACCGCUGUAUCCCCACCAAGCCACAAAGCCUGGGGAGGAUGUCUGACAAGGACGUGAUAGUGCUGUCUAAACCCUCCCUGGACAUGUCCCGGCAAAAGACCCGGACCCUGACCAGGCUGUACUGUAGGAGCGGAGGGCACCAACUGAGGAUCUUGCCUGAUGGGAGUGUGAACGGAGGCAGGCAGGACAAUGACCCCUAUGACAUCCUGAGGCUGACGGCUGUGAGUGCGGGCGUGGUGGUGGUGACGGGCGAAAACACAGGAAGAUACCUGGCCAUGAACACGAACGGAAGCCUGUAUGGAUCACUCACCCUCAACGAUGAGUGUUACUUUCAUGAGAACUACGAAGAGAACGAUUACAACACGUACUGCUCCAAGAAAUACAAAUGGUACGUGGCGCUGAAGAGGAACGGCGAACCCAAACCGGGCCGGAAAACUGACAAGGGUCAGAAGGCCAUCUUGUUCUUGCCGUUGUCGGCGGACGCCAGCAACGACGUCACUGACGGCGGCGUCUGUGUCUGCUCCCCGCCCGUGUUCCCGUGAAAAAGACCUUCAGGAUUAGCUAGAAAUUUGAAGUAUAAAAAUAAUAGAGAUUUAACCUAAUGCAUUUUCACCAUUUUGACAAUAACACAAAAAUAACCACACAGCGGAAGCUUCAAAGUCAAACACUGCGGAAGUGGUAUAAUUUGGAGGUCAACCCAAAUUUUCUGGACAAUUUUCUCUCAAAAGGCAAACAAAACAUCACCAUAUGCUGUGAAAGUGUGCUUUUCCUUGGCCUCUCUUUUUUUGCGUUUGUCAUCCUAUUGCAGAAAAAAAUGUGAUGAUAACCAUAGAAACGGAACUUGAACUACAGCCGACACAGGAAAGAGACUGGCUGCUUCGUACAAUAUGAGCCAUAAAAACAAGUGUCAAUUAAAUGUACAGCCAUAUUGUUUUGAGCCAUCCAGAUGGUAACUAGCAUUUAGCUAAUAGUAUCAUGGCUAAUGAUGGCUAAAAUGCCCACAGGUGUUUUCCUGUAGUUCUGUUUUCCUGUACAGUGCUUAACGUCACUUCACGCUUCUUAUGACCGUUAAGAAUUUGACGUAAAACUUUGCCUGUACUGUUAAUGAAGGUUUUUUAUUAAGGCUAAAGUUUGACCACAGAACAGAUUAAUUCACUUUAAAGUUAAAAAAAGAACUGCAAGUCAACCAGCGUCACGAAGACAAGUGUGUUCCACUUUGAAGGUUUUACUGGUUUUGUCUUAGUUAACCACAUACCCACUCUUUCAUGGCUUCUAGUAUAAAUUGGCAGUAAAGUCAAUAUAUACUGUACCGUACGUCUACAUUUGCUGCAUACAGCUGCUUCUUCUGUAUUCACUUCAAUACAACAGACAGUAAUUACACAAUAACAGUACUGAUAACGUCACAAAAAUAGUUAGCAUUCUAUUUUGGGUGAUACAGAGCUGUGCAAUAUUUAUUUAAAAGUGGCAAAAAAUUCCUGAGUAGCAUUUUACUGUGACAUUAUAAAAAUUCACUUUAUUUUUAAUAUUAAUUGUUGACUAAUAAUAUUAACAGUUUUUUAUAUUUAAUAUAUAUUGUACUGUAUGUGUACAGUAUUUGAAUAAAUGAAUGAAAUCUGUGUGAGUGCAGUUUUUUUCCCUUUCUUCUUGA